AUGCCACAACUUGACACAUCCACAUGACUGGUAACUAUUAUCGCUAUAAUCCUUACAUUAUUUAUCCUAAUUCAACUUAAAUUUCAUAAAUACUCUUAUCCAUUAAGCCCAGCACCAAAAACAUUUAAAUCUACCUCUUUUCCCACCCCAUGAGAGACAAAAUGAACGAAAAUCUAUUCUCCUCUUUUAUUACCCCAACAAUAA